GCCACUGGUAGAGCUACGUCAAUUUGAUACUGUUUCCCGUUAUCAGUGAUUAUAUUUAACCGACUGUUUUAUUUGUGUGUUUGUGAACUGUUUUACUGUAUCGUUAGAAAAUAAUAUUGGAUUGGAUAACAUUUCAUAGGAAUUCCAAAGACACGUCCUGGAUAAAGAUGCGUUGUCACGGACGACACGAAAAGCUUUAAGUAACUCAUUUCAUGAAAGGACAGAAUCCAAUAUCUGAGAGGUAUCAAUAAUGAAGGGGAUCAUAAGAAAAGCACGGAGCCGUCAAGAAGUGCUUGCGACUUGACGUGUAGGCAAUCAUUCAGAAAACCAGCAUGGCUUCCCAACUUGCCACUAUAUUACUGUGGUUAGGCGGAAGCGUGCUUGGUCUACGCGACAUCCAACUAAGCGUCCCCGAAGCAGUGGGGGUAGGCGCCAGUGCGGCCCUUGGCUGCCGAUGGGCGCUAGACACGGGGGAGGCACUCUACACUGUCAAAUGGUACCAUGGCGCCCAGGAGUUCUUUCGCUUCGUGCCAAAAGAACUUCCCAAUACAAGGGUUUUCUCGCAAACAGGCAUAAGUGUUGACGUGUCUCGUUCAGGAGCACAGCAGGUUGUGUUAAGAGGUGCAAGCAGAAGUCUCAGCGGGCGAUAUCGCUGCGAGGUUUCGGCCGAUGCACCGUUCUUUCACACCGUGUAUAAAAGUGCUUAUAUGCGCGUUGUAGAAUUACCGGAGUCUGGGCCGAAAGUGCUUUCACAGAAGAGUUGGUACACAGUAGGCGAUAUGCUGCGAGCUAAUUGCACUUCCCCGCCUUCUGAUCCGGCGGCAAAUCUCACGUGGUUACUUAACGGUUAUGAGGUCAAAGGUCUUAACAUCCCACUACAAGACACAUUAUUCCCACCAAGACAGCAAGUUAUAAGCGACGCAUCGUUAGAAGAUGCGAAUAGAAUAAUAUUCAGUCCGUGGGACGCUCUCUCUGGGUACGAGGACGCUGCGACUGAUAUUAUAGACAUUCCCGGCGACAUUGACGUCGCUCCAAACUCUCACAAGAACAACUUUGAAAGCACAACGUUACUCGUUCCGAGACUUGAGCAAAUUGCAAGCAAAAAUAUAAGCGUUGAAGAAGAAAAAUCUAAUAAGUCUUCCUCCUUCAGUCAGCUCGUUAUUCGAGUGCAAACUUCACAUUUUUAUAAGGGUCGACUAAAUGUAACGUGUGUUGCUCGGAUACUCUCUGUUUGGUCAUCGAGCGGCUAUCUUCUAUUGGAUGAAGAGAGGCCUCAAAUAGCACCCGUCAUGGGCAGUCGGGACUCUAAUUCUGGUCUCCGGUGCUCCACAUCUCACGUCGCGGCGCUUUUAAACUAUUUACUCCUAAAGCUCUGGAUAUUUCGAUGAUUGCCAGCGAGUCCUGAUAACUAAAUAACGUUUUCUCCUAUCGAAUCAGUGUUGCACUAUUGAAGGUUACACCCAUAUCUAUAGUCGAGUAUUUGUUUAAUAUAAAUAAAUAACGUUUAUCUA